AUGGCUGACUACAGAUUGCCUAAAGUUAUUAAACACCAGGGUGAAAAGACACAGCAGCUUUCUCAAGAUCGACGAGAUAAAUGGUUGGCUAAUAUCGCUCGAGUUGAUCUAAAGGCCUCCAGCUAUGAUAACCUUCGUAUCUGCUCUGAUCAUUUUAUCAAUAAACCCGCAGACUUGUAUGAUCAACUCAACCCUGACUGGGCACCAACAGUGAAAAUGGGCCGCUGCCAUGUCCUGAAAACACCCACACCAACAAAGUCACGGUAUAACCGGUCAUUGAUCAGAUCAUCAAAAAAGUUAGACACUGCUGCUGCAUCUGCGCUAUUGGAACUUAGUUGUGGUAAUAGUGAGACAGACCCUGACCUGGAGAUGGAAAGUGGUACAGCAUCACAGACAGAUGUAACAUGCAGUCUGCUAAAAGCAAUGGAUAGUGAAGUGCAAAGACUUCAAAUGGAAAAUGCUAGAUUACAACAAAAAGUUGACAGUCAAAACUUUGACCUACCAUUCUUCUAUGGGGAUGAUGCAAAGGUAAAAUACUACACAGGUCUUACCAACUUUUCUGUACUCAAAGCCCUAUAUGACUAUGUAGAGCCAGACAUUCCAAUUACACAUAAAAGUGCUCUUAAUAAGUUUCAACAACUUAUGGUGGUGUUAAUGAAAUUAAGGCUGAAUGCAUCCAAUCAAGAUCUGGCAGUCCGGUUUGGUGUGUCUGAUACUACAAUAUCUAGGGUUUUCCAAACUGGUUUUUUAAAAAUUUUACAAUGGGGCUACUAA